AUGCUGCAGGUAAAAUCGUACGAAGACUGGCUGGGCGCUACCUGGGACUCGAAAAUGGAGGAAGCGACCAAGUCUUAUGAAAAGCCCAGGCAUGGCAUUGGAGCUGUGGGUGGGCGGAAAUGGAUUUGGAAGUCCCGUCAUCUUGCUGUAACGAAAAUGGCAUCAACCCCUACCCCUCGAAUUGCGGAAUGUCAUUUCAUCACGCAGCCUCUCAAUACUUAUACCCAAUUUUUGCAUGAGAAGGGCUGUGCUGAUGCGCUUUUCGAGUUCAGCGAGACCUGGCUUACGAUGAUUGUCGUGGUAUGCGUGGUUGCUGGUAUUAUUCAGCUCCUCGGAAUUAUCCUCACAAUGUGCCUCUGCUGCUGCGUGAAUCAGAAAAACAACAAGGAAGAGGAAUAUGCGUAU